UGUACAACGUAUUUAAUACAAAUUCAUUUAUUUCAUAUACACUUUCGUUUAUAAAUCUACAUAAAUUGUUUCAUCAUUUUUAGUUAUUAUAAGCUAAACAGAAAAUGAAAAUAAAACUCACUAUUUUAAUUUUAUAUUCAAUGUCCGUAAUGGUUUCAUCGUCUAAUAGUACAGGCAAAAGACCUUGCUGUUUUCGUCCUUGUGUAAGCCAUUCUAUGAAAGAUAGUGAUAAUACUUCUCAGGACACCUUGGAUGAAGUAACUGAAAAAACUAGAGAUAUGUUACACCAAUUAAGCCAAAAAGAUAACAAAUCAGAUACAACAUUUCAUGAAUUUGUAAAUAAUCUAAAAAAUGCCUUAGACAAAAUAUUAGAAAAGUAUAAAAAUUCGUCAAAGGAUAAUCCAGAAAAUACAAAAAAACUUCAUUCUGCCGUAUCCAAAGUGUAUGAGGCAUUAAAUAAUGAUGAAAAUCAAAUAAAUGAAAACAAUAAUAAUGAUAACGAAACAGAUGAAGUCAAUGCAAUUUCAUGCUUCGGUUUUAAACCAGAUAAAUUGAUUGCGGCUUACAGACAAAAUGGUNCAACAGGAGCUUGUAUUGAAAAUAGUAAGAUUAUGAUGAAAGAGAUAUUCAAAAUUGCAGUCGAAGAGUUUAAAAGUAUAAUGGAAGAUUGGGAAAUAUGAUAUUAUCACUUAUAAUAUUAACAUAAAAUAUAAUGUUAUCAUUUGUACAUGUAUGUCACAUAUUAUGAAUAUACAAAAUAACCAAAAUA